AUGCCUCCUUCCGAACAACAGAGCAGCAACUCGACACCGCGCUUUACGAGCCAGACUACCUCCGCAGAAGAUCUUCUCAAGUCGCAGACCGUCGGUCUAGUCCAUCUCUCCGACUUUCGCAAGCGUCGCGCAGAGGUUCUAGAGCAAAAGGAACGAGAGGCACACGACAAGUCGCUGGGAAGAUUUACAUCCGGUAACUCAAGAAGUGCUACUCCUUCAACAGGCGAUGUGACUGACAGUAGCUCGACCCCGCGUAGCGAGGGCCCUCCGAAGAAGAAGAAAAAGAAGCAACUCAUGAAAAGCAAACUUUCUUUUGGUGACGAUGAAGAGAAUGAUACCGGUGACGAACCUGUGGCCACUCCCUGUGAAACGAGCGUCCCCCGAUCUGCGUCGAGGACACCUGCGGACGACAGUUCUGCGCCGUCAUCACGGCGCAUCACACCCAACCCCAACGCACCUCCUCCUCCGAAAGCGCUGACGAAGGCUGCACUAAAGGCAGAAGCAGAGGCGCGUGAUGCCCUUCGCAGAGAAUUUCUGGCUAUGCAGGAUGCGGUCAAAAAUACCGAAAUACUCAUUCCGUUCAUCUUCUACGAUGGCACCAAUAUACCGGCUGGGGCGGUAAAGGUUAGGAAAGGCGACCCGGUAUGGUUGUUUCUUGACCGUUGUCGCAAAGUCGGUGCCGAGUUAGGCGUCGCAGGUGCUAGCGGAGCAACAAAGGGAAGGAAAGACAAUCGCCGGGAAUGGGCCAGAAUUAGUGUCGAUGACCUUAUGCUGGUCAGAGGAGAAAUAAUCGUUCCACAUCACUAUGAAUUCUACUAUUUUAUAGCCAAUCAAGUACCCAGCUUCUCAAGUGCUGGUGGGCUAUUGUUCGACUACUCCAACAAGCCUCCUCCAACGGCUUCUAGUGAUAAUCCGCCGUCACGGCCUGAUAAUGACCAAUUAGAAGGAGCCGAUAAAGAUGCGACGCUAACGAAAGUGGUCGACAGACGGUGGUAUGAACGAAACAAGCACAUCUUUCCAGCGAGCUUGUGGCGGGAGUACGAGCCGGGGCCCGAGUUUGAAGAGAAAAUGCGCUCAACACGGCGAGAUGCUGAAGGAAACACCUUUUUCUUCUGA